CCUCGCCUAGCCGAGGGAGGAUGUGGCGGGUAUAAAAGCCCCACCCAGGCCAGCCGGCUCUGCUCGGCAUCUGGGGACGCUCUCGGCUCUCGGCGCGCGGCCCAGCUUCCUUCAAAAUGUCUACUGUUCAUGAAAUCCUGUGCAAGCUCAGCUUGGAGGGUGAUCACUCUACACCCCCAAGUGCAUAUGGGUCAGUCAAAGCCUACACCAACUUUGAUGCUGAGCGGGAUGCUUUGAACAUUGAAACAGCCAUCAAGACCAAAGGUGUGGAUGAGGUCACCAUUGUCAACAUUUUGACCAACCGCAGCAAUGCACAGAGACAGGAUAUUGCCUUCGCCUACCAGAGAAGGACCAAAAAGGAACUUGCAUCAGCACUGAAGUCAGCCUUAUCUGGCCACCUGGAGACGGUGAUUUUGGGCCUAUUGAAGACACCUGCUCAGUAUGACGCUUCUGAGCUAAAAGCUUCCAUGAAGGGGCUGGGAACCGAUGAGGACUCUCUCAUUGAGAUCAUCUGCUCCAGAACCAACCAGGAGCUGCAGGAAAUUAACAGAGUCUACAAGGAAAUGUACAAGACUGAUUUGGAGAAGGAUAUUAUUUCGGACACAUCUGGUGACUUCCGCAAGCUGAUGGUUGCCCUGGCAAAGGGUAGAAGAGCAGAGGAUGGCUCUGUCAUUGACUAUGAACUGAUUGACCAAGAUGCCCGGGAUCUCUAUGACGCUGGAGUGAAGAGGAAAGGAACUGAUGUUCCCAAGUGGAUCAGCAUCAUGACCGAGCGGAGCGUGCCCCACCUCCAGAAAGUAUUUGAUAGGUACAAGAGCUACAGCCCUUACGACAUGUUGGAGAGCAUCAGGAAAGAGGUCAAAGGAGACCUGGAAAAUGCUUUCCUGAACCUGGUCCAGUGCAUUCAGAACAAACCCCUGUAUUUUGCUGACCGGCUGUAUGACUCCAUGAAGGGCAAGGGGACUCGAGAUAAGGUCCUCAUCAGAAUCAUGGUCUCCCGCAGUGAAGUGGACAUGUUGAAAAUUAGGUCUGAAUUCAAGAGAAAGUACGGCAAGUCCCUGUACUAUUACAUCCAGCAAGACACUAAGGGCGACUACCAGAAAGCGCUGCUGUACCUGUGUGGUGGAGACGACUGAAGCCCGACACAGCCUGAGCGUCCAGAAAUGGUGCUCGCCAUGCUUCCAGCUAACAGGUCUAGAAAACCAGCUUGCGACUAACAGUCCCUGUGAGGGUGACAUUAGCAUUGCCCCCAACCUCAUUUUAGUUGCCUAAGCAUUGCCUGGCCUUCCUGUCUAGUCUCUCCUGUAAGCCAAAGAAAUGAACAUUCCAAGGAGCUGGAAGUGAAGUCUAUGAUGUGAAACACUUUGCCUCCUGUGUACUGUGUCAUAAACAGAUGAAUAAACUGAAUUUGUACUUUAGAAACA